AUGGCACCGACUCUACCUUAUCGCGACAUCAAUGUCAAGGUCGCCCCCGAUUCCUACGUCUUCACUUCCCCCUCGUCGCCUGAUGCUCCCGCCCUCGUCAUCGACCGCCCGACCGGAGACCUGCGCCUCGGAGAUGCUGGCCAAAGCAAGAGGGUAUCCCGGGUAUCCAGCAUCGCCGGAAUCUUGGGUAUCGUCCAGCUCAGACUUGACAAGUAUGUCAUUGUCAUCACAAAGGCCAAUCCUGUCGGCCGCCUCAAGGGCCACAUGGUCUACAAGGUCGUGGCCACCGAGAUCCUCCCCAUGCGCGAGCGCCAGAUCCGAGACCCCGACGAGGAUACCUUCAUCGGCCUGCUCGACACCUUCAUGAAGAACGGCCCCAUGUACUUCUCCUACUCCAUCGACCUCACAAACUCGUUCCAGCGCCAGGCCUCGGCCGACACCUCCCUCCCGCUCUGGCAGCGCGCCGACGACCGCUUCUUCUUCAACCGCUUCAUCCACUCGGACCUCGUCGACUUCCGCACAAAGGGCGCUCGAGGCCACCCCGGCCCCCAGCCCGCCGUCGACCCCUUCAUCCUGCCCGUCAUCUUCGGCAUGCUCGAGAUCCGCCCGACCACCUUCAAGGGCACCCCCGUCACCGUCGCCCUCAUCUCCCGCCGCUCCAGGCACCGCGGCGGCACCCGAUACUUCACCCGCGGCGUCGACGACGAGGGCCACGCCGCCAACUACAACGAGACGGAGCAGAUCAUCAUCUUCAACGACUCGGGCAGCGCCAUGGGCGGCUUCGCCGGCAGCAGCGACAUGCAGAGCGGCAAGUACGGCGGCGCCCCCGCCGCCGGCAGCGAGACCCAGAUCAUGUCCUACGUCCAGACCCGCGGCAGCGUGCCCACCUACUGGGCCGAGAUCAACAGCCUGCGCUACACCCCAAAGCUGCAGGUCCGCGGCAUCGACAGCGCCCUCCCCGCCGCCAAGGCCCAUUUCGAGGAGCAGAUCCGCAUCUACGGCGACAACUACCUCAUCAACCUCGUCAACCAAAAGGGCCGCGAGCAGCGCGUCAAGGCCUCUUACGAGCAGAUGGUCGAGAAGCUCGUCUCCUCCCCCAACGAGCGCACCGAGGGCGACCGCAUCACGGACGAAAAGUUCACCGUCAUCCAGCCCGAGAAGCGCGCCGUCGAGUUCGACCGCCUGCACUACGUCUACUUUGACUACCACCACGAGACCAAGGGCAUGAAGAUGCACCGCGCCUACGCCCUCGUCGAGAAGCUCCGCGACGCCCUCGACGCCCAGGGCUACUUCCGCGCCGUCGACAUGCCCGCCGCCGCCGCCAACGACGGCCGUCUCGAGCCCCGCGCCUUCCAGACCAGCGUCAUGCGCACCAACUGCAUGGACUGCCUCGACCGCACAAACGUCGUCCAGUCCAUGUUCGCCCGCCACAUGCUCGACCGCAUCUUUGAGGACAUGGGCCUCAUGGCCCGCGGCUCCUCCUUCCGCGACGAGGACCCGGCCUUUGAGCACAUGUUCCGCAACCUGUGGGCCGACAACGCCGACGUCGUCUCCUGCUCCUACUCGGGCACCGGCGCCAUGAAGACGGACGUCACCCGCACCGGCAACCGCACCAAGCUCGGCGCCCUCCAGGACGCCCGCAUCGGCGUCACCCGCUACUUCAAGAACAACUUCUUCGACGGGCCCCGCCAGGACUCGUACGACCUCUUCCUCGGCGUCUACUCCCCCGGCACCGCCAACAUCGGCGGCGCCCUCGUCUUCGCCGACCGCCGCCCCAUCCUCAUCCAGUCCGUCCCCUACCUCCUCGCCUUCUCCGUCUUCCUCGUCCUCGUCGGCCUCUUCUCCAAGACGGACGCCGUCGUCACCAUCCGCGUCUUCAUCCUCUUCUGGCUCGCCGUCGCCGCCUGGUGCGCCAGCUUCAUCUUUGGCCACGGCAUGCUCUAUGUCAACUGGCCCAAGCUCAACCCCAGGCCGUGGGCCAACGACGGCUACGCCGAGCACAUGUCCAAGGCCCGCAAGGACUCCGUCCUGGGCUCCUUUGUCGCCCAUCACGAGCGGGGUCUCAGCACCGCGAGAUAUCUCAACGCCGAGGAGGGCAAGAAGAGGAUCGAAUAA